AUGUUUUCUCAGAACUCCUCAAUCACUGAAAAUAAAAGACAAUUUGGUAACCCCUUUAAUAAGUAAAUGUAAGUCACCAAAUAGUGUAAUUUAGUGCAGGAAAUUGCUAUAUAUGCCAACAUUACAAUUUCCCUACCUUUAGAGUACUCAGUCUUUAACCAUUACUGGAUUUCAAAAUUUUCGUAGAUAUAUUGAGUCUCUUUUUUUCUAAUACAGCAUUUUAAUUUUUAAGACAGGCUUUCUAAUGGUAUUAAAAUAUUUCUGUGAAAUCUGACUUUAAAUUAAUGAGGGCAUUAUUAUUCACGAACUCAUUUAUUCCUCCCUAAUUUAUUGCUGUUCAUUAUUCCAACCAAUAAUAUGCUAUCAAAUGCAAAAUUAAAAAGAAAAAGUAUUCUACUAUGAGACAUUUGUUUAAAGCUCUAAGGAAUUUAGAACCAGACCUUAUGAUUCUUCAACUGCAAAGUGAGGACUAAUCCUCUUCACCCCACCCAUUUUACUGUGCUAGGCACCUCCUCCAACAUAAACCAUUUAAGGUAAGUACACUUGUCUUAGAGCGCAGUCCUUGACAUCACUCAGAUGCAGAGAUGAAUAACCAAGGAGUAACCUAUGCAGAACUGAAUGUAGCCAAAUCCUCAAAGAGGCAGCAAAUAAAACAUACAGGCACUAAAAGUGCCAUUUCAAUAACCGAGCAGGAAAUAAUCUACGCAGAACUAAACCUUCAGAAUGCUUCUCAGAAUCUCCGAGGGAAUGAAAAGAACUACUACCACAAAGAUUCCCCAUCACACCCAGCGAAGGUCAUUUCUGGAAUCCUUGGAAGCAUCUGCCUUGUCUUGAUGGUCACAGUGGUAACAAUGAUAGUUGUUACUCCUGUGAGUGAGAUUUUGAAAAAUUCUACUGUAACACCAGAGCAGAAUAACUCCUCUCCAAUAACAAGGCUCCGGAAAGAAUGUUACUGUGGUCGUUGUCCAAAAGAAGGAUUUACAUAUUCCAACAAUUGCUAUUACAUUAGUACUGAAAAAAAACCAUGGAAAGAAAGUUUGAUGGCCUGUGCGUCUAAGAACUCUACCCUGCUUUAUAUAGAUAAUGAGGAAGAAAUGAAAUUUUUGAAAUCUCUAUCAAUUAUGUCAUGGAUUGGAGUCUUCCGUCGAGGCCGUGAUCAUCCGUGGAUGUGGACAAAUGGUUCAACUUACAAACUAAAGAUAACAGACUCAUCACCUGAUGAACGUAACUGUGCUAUGCUAAACCCAAGUGGCGUUAGAUCAGACAGCUGUGAAUUUCUACAUAUAUAUAACUGUAAGCAUAAGCUAGAGAAUCUUGACGAUGCAGGACUCCAGCCUACGGAAGUUUUCAUAGAACACCGUCCUCGACAUCACACAGCUGCAGAGAUGGAUAACCAAAGAGAAAACGACUUGGCACCGAAUCUGGUGAAGGACUUAAGGAGACAGCGAAUGAAAGCAGAGUCACCGUCACCUCCAGAGAAGCUCAUUGCUGAGAUCCUGGGAAUCCUCUGCUUUGUCUUGAUGUAUAUCAUAGUAAAAAUGAUAGCUGUUACUCCAUGCAUUAUAACACCAGAGCAGAAUAAUUCCUCUCCAGUAACAAGGCUCCAGAAAGCAUAUCAUUGUGGUCAUUGUCCAAAAGAGGGGUUUACGUAUUCCAACAAUUGCUAUUACAUUAGUACUGAAAAAAAACCAUGGAAAGAAAGUUUGAUGGCCUGUGCAUCUAAGAACUCUACCCUGCUUUAUAUAGAUAAUGAGGAAGAAAUGAAAUUUCUGAAAUCUCUAUCAAUUAUGUCAUGGAUUGGAGUCUUCCGUCGAGGCCAUGAUCAUCCGUGGAUGUGGACAAAUGGUUCAACUUACAAACUAAACAUAACAGACUCAUCACCUGAUGAACGUAACUGUGCUAUGCUAAACCCAAGUGGCGUUAGAUCAGACAGCUGUGAAUUUCUACAUAUAUAUAACUGUAAGCAUAAGCUAGAGAAUUAACACAUGUGAGUUAGGAUUUUGCUGGGUAACUGUAUCUUUCAUGAAAUGGAAAUAAUGUUAUGACUGCAGAAAUCUUAAAAUGAAUUGUACUAUUUGCUCCAGUGAUGAAUAUUUUUUCGAAACUGUUAUUGAAAUAUGAUAUACACACACAAAACAGUACAGCUAUCAUUA